AUGAAUCACCAUCAAAAUGAAAUAACCAAUCAAUCGAUCACCAAGAAAACAUCCUUCCCUCAUGCUGAUAUAGAAGCUCAACUUCAAAACCUUUACCUUUAUUCUGACUUUUCAUCAACUACUCGAUCUGGUCAUCAAGAUCAACUCGAUCAUCUUGGUCCUAUCAUUCGUAACAUUCAUUUAUCUAAACAACAAGAUGCAUUCUUAAGACAUCUUCUUAAAUUUAUGAGAACCAAAGAAGCCGAAAUCGAAGCUGUCUGUCAUGCAAAUCAUCAGGCCCCCAGAGGGACGAAUUUUCACCCCAAUGUCCUCACGAGCGUAAUCGAAAAGUGUCUGAGUUCCCAAAUCUUCAUCAACAUUGACACCACGAAUGUUAACAUAGACUCUAAAGAAUACCGACAGGUUCAAUCACAGAAGAGAUCCGCGAUCAUCAGACUCGUCACGAGAUUAUUACUUCAAACCGAUCUGUCCACUCCUUGCGAUAAGGAAGACUGCCUAGGAUUAUUGAAUCAUGAUGUCGGGAUGGGAUUAGGAGUCUUGGACUCUCUGCAAAUGAGACUUCGUAUUGAGCGAAAUGCAGCAGGUCGUCUCCUUGCGAUCACGCUGUCCAAAUCACAGACGGGUGUCGAUUCAAAUGGAGACCGUUGUCGGACACUCGAUGCCAACGCAAUUCUUUCCAAACUCAACCAAAUGGUCACUACAAACGAAGCCAGGAUUCAAGAAGAUCUGAUCGUCCCCCUGAUGUGCAAACCAAGUGCUUACUUGCGGGGUGUAGUUCGAAAUCAGAUAGUGUCAUUAGCUCAGAGAAGCUCUGUGACAGUUUACAAACUGCUGAGUAGAUACUUGUCGCUGAUCAGCGAGACAGUUGUACUCGAUCUUAGGAUGAAUACCAAAGGAUUGAACCUAGUGGCCGAACUAUUGGGUACCCCCAAUGAUGUCUUUUUAUCCCAGAAGUCACAGUACACCGUACCUCGAUUGGUGUCAUUAUCGAACAUACCAAUCCUCGAACGCCUCGCUAGUGUGAUUCAAGAUACCCUUUCAAACAUCAUAUCUGAUCAUAUGGUAAAGAUACUGAUGACCAAACAAAAAAUCGCAAAUUUGAUCUUGUUACUCAACAAAGGAGAGAAGUCUGCUCUGAACAAUCAAUCCCCGAAAUUCUCUCUUCUCACAUUGGCACCAUACUGUAGUGGUCCGCUGUAUUUCGAAUUGAUUGUUGAAAUGAGAGUUUCGACUGAAGUCAACACCAUUGUUAAAGAUCAGGAGGUUGAGGAUGAGUUGAGACAUCAGAUGCUAUUCAUCUUGACGGUAAUGAAUGAUACACUUCAAGAUUUACGAGGCAAAUAUUCGAUCGGAAAUAACAUCAAGGUCAUGGAAGGCUUGGGGAACUUGAUCAAGAUUGUGAAAUCUGGCUUGAACGGCUUCAUACCACAAAUCACCACAACCUUGCAGGCUGCUCUAUCAAUCCCCGCUGUCAGGGAACCUGCUCUCAGAGUCUGGGACUUGUUUAUCAAAGCGUCCUCAGCGAACGAUCUAAAGGCCUUUGUUGGUGAGGUUUGGAACAAAUUGACUCCUGAACAAUUGACCAUCGCCACCAAGAUAUUUCAUCAGAUCCUCAAGAAAUCAAAAGAGCUUGGUACCAAAGUCUACGAUAUUGCCGACAUCACCGGUCUUGAGAGGCCAAGCUUACGAUCCAACACAGCUCCGCUCAUCACAUCCGAUGUUCAUGGACUUUUAAAGGAGGCACAACAGAUGCUCGUCUCGAUUAAGAGACUAAUGUCAUAUCUACAUAAACUACGUAGGCUGGUCGAUUGGCUUAAUGAUGAAAGUGGCAUUGUCGUCAGGCAAUCGCUAAAAGAACUCAAGCAUUCACUAUAUCUCGAACCAGAUCAGAUUAGGGUAGUCACAUCGGGUGAUAGUUUUGAUCCUGUGAUCCGAAGCUUGUUGAAGCCUCUGACGGGGGUAGCGAUGAGAUUCAAUGAUAUCUCCGAUGACUUCAAGUGCCUCACAUUUCAAUGUCUUGGAAUCAUUGGAGCAUUGGACCCUGAUUGGUUCGAAAUAUCUGAUGACGGGCCUGGAUGUGUUUCACCAUGCCAGUUAUGGGUCCAAACCGCGAACAUCGCACGUAAGGCUGGACACUUACAAACAUCAUAUAGUGCUGUUCUACAAGCUUCAGAGCUUAAGACACCUACAGCUUUUCUCCAACGAUCAAAAUUGUUGAAAUUGGAAGACCAACCACAUAAAGCGAUAGCCGAAUUGGAAAGGAAUCUUGCUCAUUGUACUCCAAAGGAUAGUGCUGGUAUGUCGGAUGAUAUAUCGACUCGAGAUUAUGCAACGGCUUGUCUACAACGUGCUCGAUGGAUGGAUGAAGUCAAUCGAUAUGAUGUGAAUUACAUAGCUAGCAAGUUUGAUAAAUUAACAUCUGAACAUCCAGAAUGGUCAAGUCCUUAUUAUUACUUUGGUCGAUUUUAUGAUGAGAAAGCAACCGAAUUAAAUUUGUUACACACAUGUGAACUGACUUUGCGAGAGGAACUUAUUCCUCCAGAAAGAUCUCUAACUGUGGAUCCAAUACCUGAAGAGCCCCCUCAACCUUCAUCUAUUCCGCCUCAAGACCCGAUCCCCAGUGUCUGUGUCCACGAGCCCUCUAUUGCGCCUCAAGACCUUGAUCCCUCAUUACAGUUCCAUAUGCCUGUUCCUGCUCAUAGGUCACCUCGUCAUUUGGCCUCACCCAAAGCCCAAGUCAACAAAGGAAAGCAGAAGAUGUCCAAAACUGUUGUCUUCUCAUUGCCUUGA